UGUCCCAUCAAAUGGAACGGACUGCUGUGUAAAAAGGGGAACAAACAAACAAAUAAACUCUGAUAAACUCGAAUCCAAAGGGAAAUGUGCAAGAAACAGUUACCGAUCGCCUACUCCCUGUGACUCUAUUUUGUGUAAAAAAAACUCACAAACAGUGAAAAGUUACUGAAACUUCUUCAAUUUUUAAUUGUUUUAUUUUAAAGUGUUUUGUUUUUUGAGUGAGUUGUUACCGAGUGAUUUUGUGUACAUGGUGCCGGUGGUAAAAUUUCUGCAAAAUCACGUCUGUCUUGGCCAGGCCAAAAAGUGCUUAAAAGCAACGCCCCACGAUGAAAGAUUUGAAAGCGGAGAUCCCAGUGGGCGAAGAGCCCUCGAAACCGGAGACCAGCGGGAGCGUCGAGCCUUUGAUCAGGCCAUUACCGCUUCCGAUGGCAUUGGAAUCGUCUGAAAUGCUGCCGGACCAGAAACCGCGCGACAAUUGGGGAAGCUCUAUCGAGUUUCUUAUGUCCUGCAUCGCUCUGAGCGUUGGCCUGGGAAAUGUCUGGCGUUUUCCCUUCACGGCUCUGGAAAAUGGGGGAGGAGCCUUUCUCAUACCCUACCUUAUAGUCCUGUUUCUGGUGGGAAAGCCUAUAUACUACAUGGAAAUGCUACUGGGACAGUUCUCCAGUCGAGGAAUUGUGCAAGUCUUUGAUUUUGCACCCAUGAUGAGGGGUGUGGGCUAUGCUCAGCUCCUUGCUCUGGGCGUCUUGGCCACCUACUAUGCCUCCGUAAUGGCCUUGACACUGCGUUACUUCUUCGAUUCCUUUGCAUCGGAGCUGCCCUGGAGCUACUGCCGGGAGGAGUGGGGCCCAGGCUGUGUCAAUGCCACUGGAGAGGGUGCAGUUGCUGGUUCAGUUGAUCUGCCGGCGAACUUCACAAUCAGUUCUUCCACGCAGCUUUACUUGGAGCGCAUUGUGCAAAGGAAGACGGAUUCGCUGGAGGAUGGAAUCGGUUACCCCAGUGGCAGUCUGGCUCUGAUGCUGGCCCUGUCCUGGCUGACCGUGACCCUGGUUAUCAUUCGGGGUGUAAAGAGUUCCGGCAAGGCAGCCUAUGUCCUGGCUCUAUUUCCGUACGUCGUCAUGUUUAUCCUGCUGGUGAGGGCCCUCACCUUGCCGGGCGCCUACGAGGGCGUGAUGUAUUUCCUCACGCCGCAGUGGCACAAGCUCCUAGAGCCAAUGGUUUGGUACAACGCCGUCACCCAGGUGUUCUUCUCCCUGGCCGUGUGCUUCGGUGUGAUCAUUAUGUACUCCUCGUACAACCGCUUCGGGCACAAUGUCUACCGGGAUGCCAACAUUGUGACCACUUUGGACACCUUCACAUCCCUGCUCUCGGGGGUCAUCAUCUUCGGGAUUUUGGGCAAUCUGGCGCACGAGUCGAACACCAAGGACAUUGCCAGCGUGGUAAAGGCCGGUCCUGGCCUGGCCUUCAUAUCCUAUCCGGAUGCCAUCUCCAAGCUGACCGUCUUCCCGCAGUUCUUUUCGCUGCUCUUCUUUGCCAUGCUCUUCAUGCUCGGCGUGGGCAGCAACGUGGGCAUGGUCAGCUGCAUCAUGACCGUGAUCAAGGAUCAGUUUGUGAAUCUCAAGAUCUGGAUAAUCGUGGUGGGUCUGUCUACGAUUGGGUUCUUGGUGGGUCUGAUCUACAUCACUCCUGGGGGCGAGCAUAUCAUCACGCUGCUGGAUUACCACGGCGUGACCUUUGUAUCCCUGGUCUCGGCCAUAUUUGAACUGAUUGCCGUGGGCUGGAUCUAUGGCACCAAGAGACUCUGCCAGGACGCGGAGUACAUGCUUAACAUCAAGACGUCGGUAUAUUAUAGAAUAUGCUGGUCUAUUGUUACCCCUUUGGUGAUGAUCAUCAUUCUUGUCUACACUUUGGUGACCAUGAAACCGCUCACCUACAACGAUCGUGAAUUUCCACUGGGCUUUAGAAUUUUUGGCUGGGCUCUGACUUCCUGUAUACUCGGCCAGCUGGUCUACUGGGCCCUAUAUGCCAAUUGCAAGCAGCCCAAGGGAUCGCUAAAGAGCCGGAUUUCCAAUUCCUUGAAACCGCAUUCCGAUUGGGGACCUCUGGACUCCAAGAAGCUGAUGGACUACCAGAUGUUCCUGCGCAACAGGGAGGAACUGGAAGCCACAGGGGCACCACGUCGCAGCCUUUGCUACAAAGUCUACGAUAGAAUCUUUGGCUAACAGAGUUUUAUAUAAUUUUAUAUAUCACAUUCUGUAGCAUAGUUCCUUUUUUAUAGUAUAAGUGUACUUAAAACGUUUUAUUUACGCAUUUAUUUAUUCAAAAUGAAAUUAAACCAAAUUCAAUUUCUCGAAAUAUGGCUUUUAAGCCCGAUCCGGUUAGUUUUUAAAUAUCCCUUUGUAUUGUAGUCUCUUGUAUUGUAACAUUUAUUCCUAAUUGGAAAUUUUGUAUGCAGCCAGCGUGCGGCAGCAUAAUUGUUCCUAAUAUAUUUUGUACACACUUUUAUUUAUUCAAAAAUGAAA